CUUAUCUGUAGCCUCUUCCCUAGGUCAAAUAAAUUCGCAGUGAUCGUUCCAAAACAAAGCUGCAGCCUGUGCACAUUGAGUGUACUAGAUUUGCUAGUGGAUAUCGUCAUGCGGCACAGUCUGGCAUUUGCUGGCCUGUUAGGCGCGGUCGCAGCGCAGUUCCCUCCCCAGCCGGAGGGGUUAAAUUUGAUCAAAUCCAAGCUGCAUGAAAAUGUGACCAUCUCAUUUAAAGAGCCUGGAAUAUGUGAAACAACACCCGGCGUCCGCUCGUACUCGGGCUAUGUCCACCUCCCUCCGGGCUUUCUCGACGACAGCACAGGAGACUCGCAGGACUAUCCUAUCAACACGUUUUUCUGGUUCUUUGAAGCGCGCAAAGACCCCGAAAAUGCCCCCCUCGCGAUUUGGCUCAAUGGCGGUCCCGGCGGCAGCUCGAUCAUGGGCCUUCUCGAAGAAUUGGGCCCUUGCAGUGUGGCAUCGGAUUCGAAAACGACCAUCCUCAACCCUUGGAGCUGGAACAAUGAAGUCAACCUCUUAUUCCUGGACCAACCUACGCAAGUCGGCUUCUCCUAUGAUGUUGCGACGAACGGUACCAUGGUCCUGGAUUACAACGAGGAGAACAAUAAAAUCGUUCCCGGGGACUUCUCUGUGGAGAUCCCCGAUUCGAACCUUACGCAUCGCGUAGGUACCUUUGCGAGCCAGGAACCUUCUAAUACCGCCAAUACUAGUGCGCGUGCAGCCCACGCUCUAUGGCAUUUCGCUCAAACCUGGUUCUUCGAGUUCCCCCAUUAUAAACCUGUCGAUGAUCAUAUCUCUCUCUGGGCUGAGAGCUAUGGGGGCCAUUAUGGUCCAGCGGUCUUCCGCUUCUUCCAGGAGCAGAAUGAGAGGAUUGCUAACGGAACCGCGGAAGAGGGGGCGCAAUACCUACAUCUAGAUACCUUGGGUAUUGUGAAUGGGCUGAUUGAUGCCGUAAUCCAGAACGAAUCCUACAUUACUCUGGCCUAUAACAAUACAUAUGGUAUUGAAAUAUUCAACCAAACCCUCUAUGAGUCUCUAAUCCACGACUGGCGGCGCCCGGGAGGCUGUCGGGACCAGAUCAAAGCUUGUCAAGAAGCCCUCAAAGACUCCGAAGUAUCUGCUAGCAAAACGCAAAAGAGCAUAUCCGAAACAUGCGGCACUGUUGGCUCCGAGUGUGAGGGAGGCAUUGCCAAUUACUUCAUGACAAACCGCGGCUGGUACGAUAUUGCCCAUCCCAAAAACGACCCUUUCCCAGCACACCACAUGCGGGGCUACCUAACCCAAGAAUCCGUCCUUCAAGCCCUCGGUGUCCCAGUAAACUACACCUACGCCUCCCCCGUCGUCGGGGAUGAAUUCCAAAAAACUUAUGACAUCGACCGUGGCGGCUUCCUCGACUCCAUCGCCUACCUCCUCGACAGCGGUGUAAAGGUCCACAUGAUGUACGGCGACCGCGACUACGCCUGCAACUGGGUGGGCGGCGAGCUCGCCAGCCUCGCGAUCCCGUACUCCCGUGCCGCGGAGUUCUCCGAUGCCGGCUACUCCCCGCUCAUCACGCAGGAUGGAAUCCAGGGCAUGACACGGCAGGUGGGCAAUUAUAGCUUCACGCGGGUGUACCAGGCGGGCCACGAGGUGCCGUCGUAUCAGCCCGUCGCGGCGUAUGAGAUCUUCAGGCGGGCUACAUUUAAUCGGGAUAUUGCGACGGGGUUUUAUGAGGUUACGGAGGAUUUAAAGACAAGGGGGCCGAGGGAUACGUGGCAUAUUAAGAAUGUUGUGCCAGCUGCGCCGGAGCCCCGGUGUUAUGUUUUGAGUCCGGAGACUUGUCUUCCGGAGGUUUGGGAGAGGGCCUUGAAAGGGGAGGUUGUUGUUAGGGAUUUUUUUGUUGUGGAGGGCGAUGAGGAUGAGGAAGAUUAUGGGGUGGAGGAAGACAUCGUUAGGUGGCCGGAGGAUAAUGGGCAGAUAGUUAUUGGAGGGGCUUUGAAGUUGUAGGUGGGAGUGGCUUGGGUAUCAACGAACAACUAUUGAAGAAAAA